AUGCCUUUGAUUCAGAGCUCACAAGAUUACUUGCCUUACAUCGACGCGGUGCCGUCAGAGCAGGAGCUCAAUUCAGCACGCGCUCUCAUCCAAGCCGAACUGCCCCAAGAUCACAAGACGACACUCCACUCUUCGAUACCCGAGCGUACACCCAUCAAAUUCAGCGACCUUGUAAACGCCGAGCACGACCGUCUAGCUUCAGGAGCAGAGAAAGAGGCUGGAAUUGACCUGUCACGAUACGAAGCCCAGGAUGCACCGCCGAUAAACGACAUCGAACAAUGGCGCGCAACCCUUCAACAAGCAUACGCUUCCUCGGAGUACCUAGAAUCGCUCUCCCAAAGGAAGAUCGAGCUGGAGGACAUUGACAAGGCAAGAAGAGACGGUCAGAACGCUCGCAAGGGCGAGUUGGAAGCUUUGGAGCAACAGUGGAAGAUCGGCGUGGGCCAGAUGAUCGAAGUUGAGGUCGCUGCCGAGAAGCUCAGGCUUGAGAUCCUGGAUAAGAAAAGAGCUGGUGCAAGAUGA